CUGCUACGGAAGGGAGUUCGAGCUCUACCCUCGCGGCACCAGCAGGCAGGCAGCGGCCGUAGCAACGGUGACGCAGAGAGCGAGCGCAGCUCGCAGCUAAGCCAGUACGUUUGGCGGACCGCGGUGACAACGAUCGCGGCCCCCACCGUUAAGUUCGUCUCGUAAUUCGCCACGCAACCACCGGCGCCGGCCUGAAGAUCGUCGUCCCUCUUCGUGGUUAAAUCUCGCCGUCGAGCCGUGCUCCUGGCUUAGGCCUCCUUUUUUUCUCACUUCGUCUGCUCCUGGAUAUCUUCGAGCCGCUCGCCAGAAGAUCCAACGACAAAAGCCACAUCGCCGAUCACCUGCCCCGCACUGUCCAAUCGCUGACUGUGUUUUGAUGCCUUCCCGCCGCUGCCUGACACGUCGGCCGCCCGACGCCGAGACCCCACAGUCCGAGGCACCGCGACGCACUCACCGAAGUCGUUCAGAAUGUGACGUCGGCGGAACCUAGGAGUCGUCGUCCGUGGAACAGCACGCGCCUGCGGCAGCGAUUCCACCGCAGCGGCGGCGCGACGCGUCGGCGUUGUUUCAACAGUGCUACUUUACAAACAAGGCCCACUCACGUCUAGACAAGCCUCUGGGAGACCUAUCGAUGCGCUUCUUCAACCACGGUUGACCGGCGCCAGUCCACGUGACCAGGGAGAAGCAAAAUAGGAGAAUGCUCGAACUCACCGAGAACGAUCGACUGAUCCUGGUGGCGUCGUGCGCGGGACUCGUCACCGCCACCAUCCUGGUCACUGUGUGCGUGGUGACGCCCCACUGCUGGCUCUACCGGUGCAUCUGGGGACGCGAGGAAGAGAAAGAGAAGCGCAAGAAGCUCUACUAUGGCACCGACGUGAUCCCGCUUCCGGCAUGUCCUGUGUCCACCAAGCCCGUGCCGGCCACCGGCGAGGGAAAAGGUGCCGAGGGUGGCGUACUGAUGGGUGCUGGCGGCGCCGGUGGCGUCGGUGGCUCCCUCGUACUGCUGCCUUUCGUCCGCAGCCGGGCGGCCCGGGAUUCUACCUACAGCAGCAUGUCCACCGCCAGCAGUCGCGGAGAGGCGUCCGUAUACAGUGACAACUCGGCUGACGUGGCUGGCGGCGUGGAAGGCCAAGAGGAGGCGCCACCGAUGCUGGGCAAAGUGACAAUACUGCUCCGGUUCCAGGCAGCCUCGCCCACGGUCUCCUCAUCCCAGGGUUUCCCCCCUGGAAAGCUCUUCGUCACCAUACGGGAGGCACAGAACCUUCCUCCGAAGCCUCACGGCGUCGUGUGCGACCCGUACAUCAGCUGCAAGGUGAUAAAAGGGCGCAUCAAGAAGCCACGGCGUGGCAGUACUGGUCUUCGGCGACCCAGUUGCAUCGGUCUCGGCAGCUCGGGCCACUGCCUGGGCCAGUACCAGACGCAGACCAAGCGGAAGACACAGAGCCCGUUGUACAACGAGACCUUCUCGCUGGACCUGGCCAGGGGAGAGUUGAAGGACUCCUCCCUUUACCUGGCCCUAUUCGACAUGGACAAGUGCUCCAAUGACACCGAAGUAGGAGAGGUGAUCGUUCCUCUAAAAGAAGUCGACAAGCUGGUGGAAGAUCCUUCCGAACACAUGCUAGAAUUGGAGUUGAAGGAGCCUAAGCAGUACAAGGGGGAAAUACUCUUUGGCCUGAGCUACCUCCCGACAGCUGAAAGGCUCACCUUUACCAUUAUGAAGGCCAGCAAUCUGACAUCGCCCAUGAACAACCUCGAGUCGUUCUAUCCCUGCGUUCGCGUGCUCCUGUUCCACAGCGGGAAGCUGCGGAAGAAAAAGAAGACUGCGUCCCAGCACGCCACUCUUUGUCCCGUAUACAACGAGUCGCUGACGUUCGACGUGCCGCAGGCCGAGCUUGACAACGUCGUCUUCUUGGUGGUGGUCAGUCACCGGGACCCCGCGCAGACCGUCUCGUCUCCGGACUCGCCCACCACCCCCGUGGCCGGAGCGCCGCAGCAGCAUGUUGGCAAGGUGGUGGUCGGAGCAUGCGGCCGUGGCAGCGUACUCCACCACUGGAACGCCAUGAAGCAGAGUCCGCGCAAGCAGGUCACCCAGUGGCACACGCUCCGGUGAAGGGAAGCAGCUCCGCAAGCAGUGCGGUAUAAAAAUGGACUCCGGAGUUACUGGUGUGGACAUUGGAAUAAGAAGGCAGCGUGCACAUCGGAAUAGUCAGCGUUAUUCCGACGCGCAAACACCAAAGUCAUCUAUGGGCGGUGGUACUCCGCGUCAGUGCUUUGAAGUUUCUAAACCGCGUUCGGAAUUGAUGCGUUCGAAUCGAAGGAGUGUCCAUUAGAAAAUGACGAGUGCAGGACCACGUUUUGUUACCUGCUGUCACACCUUUUGAGCAUGAGAUGUCAGGGUGCGCAUCUCGGAAGAAAAAAAAAUCCCGCAAGAUUUCCUGACUCACGAGUACAGCAAUUGUGGGCUUGGGGAAAAUGAAACUUCUCGUGCAAUUGCCAGUUUAUGUUUAUGGUUUCUCAUCAAUACCACGCCAUGGCGGUAACUUGAGAAAAUAUUCGUAUGUUCAUGUUGUUGCUCUAGCGUGUAGCACUGAGAACACAUCCGUGCCCUGUGGCUUGCAGUUGACCAGUCACCAACAAAAAGGUUCAGCUGCGCUUGCUUCGAAGGUUUGAAUGUCAUCGCUGUAAACACAGUAGAGAAACCAGUCACCCGAUGCGAUAGUCACGUGCGUUGUUUCAUUUAUGUCUAAGUGACAAUGUUUAGGUGGUGCUGCGUUACUUUCCGAUACAUGUCCGCUCAGACCGGAGAAGUGUAUUUUGGACCAGGUUGAAUUCAAUCAACUGGAAAUGUGUUCUCAUCGGUCAUUUACAAUCUUUGGCAGCCUUGAAGUAGAUAGAUAUUUCGGAGCAAGAAAAUACACUGAUGUAUUUUUAUAACUUCGAAUCAGAUAGCUGUGAAGGAAGUGUACGAGUAACAAUAGUGGAAAAUUAGCGAGAAGACUGCGUCUGUCUGCUCCUUCGCUAUGGGCAAAGGAAUUCCUGUCGACAAAUUUCCACCAUCAGACAGUUACAAACAUCGCUUUCAGCCUCCGUUCCGAAUAGUUCAUGUUGUCUUAAAUAGAAAUAAAAUGGUGUUUCAUUUACAAAGAAUACUUUCGCACAUCGCAUGACUGGCGACAAUUUGAAGCACAUUGUGGUAACACCUAAUUUAUGACAAACUGGUGCCACAACUCGAUUUCAGUACGCAAAUUUGACCAACUAUGUCGCCCUUUGGUUUCAGGUGUAUUUUAAACGUUUCUUUUUCGAAUGUCAUUUCUCUAGCUCGAUAUUUGCGCAAUGUCACUUCAAAAAACGGCAGUAAUACAAUAUUUAGAAGAGAGGCCUCGCUGUUUGAUGUUUUAUGUUCCCCAUGAAAAUUGUUUCAAAAUUGGCUAGAAUUUAUUGAGAGUGCGAGCAUCUCGUCCAAUGCGUAUAUCAUACCUUAGGUUGCCCGUUAAUUUUACAUGGUUAUGAGGUAUUCUCCGAGAGUGCUGCAACACAUUGUCGGGACAAAAUUUUGCGUACAGCCAAUUAUCUGCGGCACCAUGUCUACGUAAAUUGUCUUAUUAAAGUUGCGGGCACACUGAAUUUAUGAGUUAGCUUUGGCUCCUUUUAUUGACAGCCAUUUUCUUGCAGGAUGGACCUUCAAAAGAAGCAGUGGUUGCGGAAGGGUCAGGGUAAUGCGUUUACUUGGAUACUAUAUAUUUUAUUCGAAUGCAGUGGCACAACUUUCAAUUUCUCCUGUAACAGGAACUACAAUGUUACUAUGUUCUGUCUAUUUGUACUGCUAUCCAGGAGGCUUAGCAGUUUGGUUUGAGCUCUAACUGUAAUAAAAGAAACAGUUUAUUACCAAACGUCUUGCUUUUGUGCAGAUUGUCAGUUUAAGCACAUUGGGGAAGAAACUGUACUGACAAAUUGAGGGUUGUGCUUAGGCAGUGCUGCAGUUUUCUCUAUCGUCCAUGCGCUAUUCCAUCAACAGCAUUAACCCGUUAAUCUGUCCUUCACGUCGCUUUCGUAUAGUCUUCCUGCUUACUCAAACAGGUCCUACAAGUACCCUGUUGUUUGGUUCUAGAGGUGUGUCGCUUGCACCAGCGAGGGGGAAACGUCCGGUUGCCUGGGCAACGCAACAAAGACACAGUGAGAAUUUUAGGACGAGGAAUGCUGGCAUCUGUCCUUUCAUGGCGUUCGUGCUUGCAACUAGUACUCGUUCGCAAAGAUAAAUUUUCAGCUUGCUGUUUCGCUUUGCAGUUCUUCCUUUAGAAUGAGUGUUCGCCCAUCAGGUGUUGACAGUAGCCACAUCGUCUUUAAUGAACGUUAUACUUCUCUACGGCGAGCUCCAUCUUUCAUGAAUAUGUCAUUUUAGGAUAAUUGUUCUGUCCUUGUAAUUGUUCGUUAAUGGUACCACAGGGAAACUGCGCGACUAUUAGAGGUCAACUGUGUACUGACUUAUUUAUAUCUGCGAGUUGCUGUGUGUUUGGUUGUUUAACUAUAUAGCGAAAUCCUUGAAUGAAGCCGCCAAUUUUGGCUUAGCUAUCGUCAGCUUGACGAAUUGCUAAUGCUGGCAGUGCGAAAUACCAUUCUUUAAUGUAACAAACGUCAUGACAAAAGUAUUUGUUGCUACAGUGGCGUAUUUAGGUUCCCUUAUGUGUUUUUGUUGUAAAUGUAGAAACUCUAGCUUCAUGGGAUCACAAUUUCGCUAGAAGAAGCAGUUAUUUGUUGUUCCUGCCCAACUAACUGGGCACAUAAUCUGCAGUGCUCGCAGUUUCUAAGGCAACUGAAGGUUUCGCAACUCAGAAGCCAACAAAUUGUAAAGAUUUUUCAUGUUUUGCUGAGGGAUCAUAUCUUGCCGACCAUCAUUUCUCUGUGUUUAAUGUCCGCCUUCUACAUGUAAUAGGCGAAACAUCAAUGGAUGACAGACACGAACAGUUCAUUCUUACCGUAAAUCUUUCGGCAAUUACACAUGUUCGAAGAAAGAUGUAUGGCAAGAGUUGGCACAUACUGAAAGAUUUAUCUGAUUGCUAUCAGUGCUUUUUACAAUAUCGGGAAAACUUGAUCUUUCCUUAGAGAACCUUUAUUUUGCUGAUCGGUGUGCGUAAGAGCUACAAAACUAUAGAGUAAUUGUGGGCUGUAUGUGCAAGGAGAAAUGCUCAUUACUGAGCUUGCUGAUCUCCAAAGUAACUCGACAGUGUCACCAGCAUGCAUGAUGUAGACAUGUGGUUUUAGUUACAAGUUUGUAUUCGUCUUAGAAUAACUUUCGACAUGAAUGUGCAAUAUAUCAGCGAAACCAAGAAAAGGCUUUUUAUAGUUUUCCGUAACAAAUAUGCUUAACUGAUGAAGUUUUGUUUGUUUAAAACGGGAGUUGUACUUCCAUAGCUUUUCCCUCACUUGUUAAACUUUGCACUGUAGACAAAUGGGUGUAGAAUGAUCAAGUGCGUCCUCAAUGGUGAGGAACAGCAACUAUAUGCUGUGAACGCCAGCGAGUAAUUCUGAACUUGAUGACAGAAACCACGUUUUCUGAAAAACUUCUGUAAACGUUGGGAACCAUUAUACAUUAGAUCAUAAAAGGCUGUGCUCGUGAAUUUGAGGAUCACACCUGUAAACGCCAUUCCUAUAUCAAUUCUAUUUUCGAUUAAAAUAAACAUGGUACCUGGGCUUUUUUCUUUGUUGCUUAAAUCGCUGCAAGUGGUAUGUUCUGGACACACGCGCUUUUUUUUGCAGAAUACGUACCUGACGAGAUUCAUAUAAUAAUGCUGACUGCAAAAAUUAUUUGCUUCAGCAUCUUUAGAAUAUUGUUCGGUUCCUCACUAACUAAAGUUUUAACACUUCUAGGCGUUGAUGAUAAGAUAAUAUUUCUUUCCUAAGUAAGGAUGUAUAUAUAGAGCAGUACCACCGUAGAAUUGUCUCUUAAAUGACAUGCCUCUUUAAAAUGCUGAAUCACUAGAAGAUAGGCUAGCCCUUUAUUAUUGGCUUCGAACAUCAAGUUCAAACGUAUUACAUUCUAGAUAAAGUUUCAUUCUCCCAAUAACAUGGUAAACACUUUAGCCAUACGUGGCAUUCUCUAUAUAGUUAUGUUAGCUAGGUGCUUAGACGGCUACAUCAGAAGGUGCUAUCUAUCCACGAAGUGUUCAUGCUGGUUUGGCAUUGUAGCGCAAAAGCAGCGCUUAUUAAGAUGUCUCUCCGUUAACAUAGAGCAGACGUUUGCCUAACGCGCGGGGUACGGAUACUGAAUCUCUGAUUAAAAGAAAGAAGAAUGACUUUUGAAAAAAAUGCGUGUGAGAGAAAUGUAAACAAAAUUACCGCAGAUGCCACGCGCCCAUGGCAAUCGGUGUUCAGCGGAAGCUUUCAUAGAAGGUUUCCCAUUUGCGCAAAGCAAAUGUUAGUGUUGGACUUGCGUUCAGGCGUAUAUUUGAUUGCGUGCUGCUUCCUGCUUUACUAUUUUCUUCAUGUCUGUACAAUUCCCCCUCUAUAUAGUCGUGUCUUUCGCGCCUGAAUCUCGGCGAAAAGAACACGUUUUGGUGACGUUUUGUCGUCGACGGCGUCUGCUGCUGCUCGAACUGAAUGAGGAGCGCUGGGUCUAGCGCCAGCCAAAAGCACACGCUGGACAUGCUGCGGCAUCUAGCAGCAAGCCAGUUAGUUGGUCGUUUGAGACGGGGCACCGGGGCACAGCGGAACGCAAGGAGACGAUGCAAACAGCGCUUCGCUUUUAUGAAAUAAAGAAAUCAGUAUUGCUACUCCAUAGUGGUAAGUUAAACUUGCGAUUAUAAUUCGCCCUUGCAGAAAUUUUCUGCGAUAGGCAUAAUAUGUUAACCAUACUCAAGCAUAUACGUGUGCUUUCGUGGCUUUCAGACAACUUUUGUCGUAAGCGAUGUCUUUAUUUUGUGUCAAGGUACACCCAACUGCAAAUACAAUACGCGCAUUACCCUAACUUUAUUUCUUUAGUAUUUAGAAUACGGUUUGUAGGAGCAAUCUCUACCGAAUGCCUUUUUGUCUACUUUCAUGUGUUCCUUUUUUUCUGAAUCAGAUUUCAAGUUGUUGGGUGGCUGAACUAAUAUAUUUCAAAGUGAAACUGUUCUAUAUGAGAGUGGUUAUGGGCUGUACUUGCAGGAGAAAACUGAGUACUUACUUUAGGUUGUUAUGGUGUUUGUUGAAGACUCCUAGACUGAACCCAAUAUGAGAGAGGGCGAUCGUGGGUCAUUUAUGAAAGUGAUGCUUGGGCUUGGCAACCGAAAUACUGGAGACAACGUUUCUCACUUUACAUCGUGCUAGUUUGCUUUCAUGGUUUGUCGAUUUCUCGGCUACGAUAGGCACCAAGGUAUCGAACGAAAAUGUUGGUUUUCCAAGCUUACAUGUCGUGUUUUGGUGCAAUCAUAAAGAUUUUGCGAUGAUACAUGCUUACUUAUUUAAGACUAACUUGCGCAUUGAAGAAGAUGAUUAGUUGAUUUUAAAUGCCUAUAGGUCAUUAGCUUUCUUCACAAAGUAUUCGCAUGGGGUAGUGGUACACGACACCUGUGGGUAGCAAAAUGUGAGCUUAAAUAUUCACUCCACAAAAAAAAGCUCACACUUUGAUCACUCGUUGCACACCCGAUGCUUGUACGCAGGUAGUCACGGAACACUGCACCAUUAUUUCAUUCUAGAUGUGGCCGUUAUGACGCACAAUCCUGCUGUUCGGAGGAUUGCGAAAUUGCUUCCCUCUAUACUAAACGUAUGACAAUAAUAACGACGAACACGCAACAUGGAUUUCAGUUUGGCGAGCUACAAGAGCCUUUGAGUUUUCUAGAGUACGAAGACUUCUAUACCCAGAUUGGUGUGGUGUGACAAAGAACCUCAUGAAAGUCACUUCUAUACCAGAACAAGCUGUCCACCUGUGCUUUCAUUCGAAAGCAAAUUGUUAUUGCUGUUUCACGGGGUACAAACUCACGAGUAUUUUAUACUGCAAAGAAAUUGUAGUGGUCUGAAUCUGCAAUUUGAAAUGGCAGAAACACUGUAUGCAGCAGCGCCUGCUUACGGUACCUUACCAGGCACAGGUGCUGUAGUGCUGCAAUUCUCUACCAAAAUGUACUGCCCGUUGCGGUGGACCUUUGCAGGUAGACCGGAAUAAUUUGUUAAGCAAGCAGCGCAAGCAAACAGAUAAAAUUGCACAUUCUCUUCUUGUAUUAAGUUUGGACUUCCAUGUGUCAAUUAAAAAAAGUGUGUUUACUGUGUUGUUGCAAAAAAAGGGUACGUUGCUGCAUAAUAUGUCAUAGGUCUCCGUGACAGUGGCUUCUAUUAUCUCUCUUGUAGGCCUACUUGCGCUCCUGCCCACGCCAUGCAUUUCAAAGAGAGUGAUUGUGAACCCAAGUUACGGUUGCUGCGGUAAUGUUGGCACGAAUGAAGUAGGCUCUAAACAUAAAUAAUAGAAGCUGCUGAAAUAUAGCCCUAUGACACAUUAUGACUCAAGUACGUAGGUUUCUUGAUCAACAAAAUAGCUACAAUUUUGUAAUGUACAAGGUGCAAGCUAUAUCACGUGAGCAAGAGAAAGGUGUGAAUUUUUCUGUGUUUCCUUAUUCUGUUUGUAUUAUUACACAUUGUCCUUGUCUAGUUUUUGAUACUUCUAUUGCGAUUAUUUUGAAUAGUGACCUGAUAAAAAAACAUUAGAAAUGAGCGCUUGCCAUAGUGUCUUUGGUGUUCCGUCUUUUACUGAUGCUGUUAAUCUGUUACUGUUUGUUUUAGUGGUCGCUGCCUUAUCUAAACUGUUCCUACAUUAAGAAUCUGUUUCCGCCCUGAUAAGCAACAUUACAUAAAUUUCACUAAACAGUUGUGUAGGGAGUAUGUUCGCUGAUAGGAGACAAACAUAAAUCUCUCAGGUCAAUAUACCAUGCCACGAUCAGCAUGUCAUGGCGUAUAGGGCGAGAAUCCUUAUGUACGUACCACACGGAGCAUGUGACGUUGGAGACUAGAGCAAUUCCUGUUUCUUUUGCUAUAAUCAGCACUGCGUACAAAUAAUACAGUGAGACUGUUUUAGGUGCACGUAACUAUUCUAUCUCCGUAGAAUAUAUAAUACAGAAGCAAAUACUAGGCCCUUAGCUACAGGUUGUUGGCAUGUGGCUUCUAAAAAGAUGAGACAAGUGGUUGCUGUGAGCAGGCGCCCAGGUUUAAUGAUCACUGUGAUAAGAGCAAAAAGAUAAGCGAUGCCCUGCGGCAACGGGAAAGUGAGAAUGUUAGUUUUGUAUGGCGAGUGAAGAAGGUCCAUUUACUUGCGAACGGCGAGUAUUGGCAGUGUGAUGUUCGGUAGUAAUGUAGAGCGAACGUACGAGCUCUUUAGCUCAGCCCGUGAUAGCCACUUCCUUGCGCCCGUGCGUUUUCGUGUAAUCUGUUUAAUUAUGCUUUCGAAACCUUAAUUUUCUUUGAAGGGAACGUUCAAAUUUUGCCCACAAUCAAUUACUCCAAGAACAUCUCUCAUUUCCAGGGUGGAAUGCCAAAGCGUUUGACGUCUGCAAAGUUCUGGAACGUUAUCCAGUAUGCCCAAUGUUAUCUACUAUGUGCAUGCCUUCACUCUAAAUGUGUUCACAAGGCAGAGUCCCGUCCUUCGUCUUUAUAUAGUCGCUCUUACCAGGAAUCUGUGAUCUGUGUUCUCGUUUGCAUCGUGUACAAUUCUCCAAUGUAUGCUUUGGGGACCUUGUUGAAAGAAGGUCUUCCCUUAAGCGUUCUGCACUAGUGUUUCCUUAAAACCUAUGUGACGACAUGCCUUCACACAUUUGAUUGUACAAGAAGUUUACCAUAAAGCCGAGGUUACCACAUAUUAUCCACACUGCUUUCAAAUGUAAAAAAAUGUCUACUGUGGAAACUAAAUAUUUAGUGUCUGUGACUGCCGAGGUGGCGAUUAAUCAUAGCAUCUAUUUCCGCUUACAGGACCCCGAGAUGGGGGGGUGUGCCUUAGGAGUUAGUUGAUGAAGGCUAGCUUCUGUCAUUCCGUCGAAAAAGAAAAAAACGUGUAGCGUGAACUGGUGCUAUCGUUUUGAAAGCUGCUGAACGCGUAUUGACUGGAGAAGCUCUGGCGUGGAACAGCAUCAUCUUAUUACCCAGUGAGCGUCACCAUAGCGCAUUUAUUCUGAAAUGCUGAAUGUAUCUAUAUGCUACGCUGUUCUGAUACCUCAAGAUUUUCAUCAAGCGCGGAAAACGGCAAGCAUAACCUUAAAAUGUUUUCGACAGAUGGAGCAAGUUCCCUCUCCGUUGCGGAUUUGUUCAGCAAACCAAAUGCUCUCUAAUCGCUCACGGUACAAAUUAUCAUAUAACUAAAAUAGCGUGUCAAUACUUCUUGUAGAAACGUGCUCUAUGUAGCCAGACAUAAAGAGUAACACGUUGUUCUAAUUACCACCAUAGGUAACUCUGUUUUUUUACACUUUCAGGGUUAAGUUUAUGAUAAAAAUUUCUAAAUGAGUUCGUCAUCUUCCUGUAGAGUGUAAAAUCGCAGAUUUUUAUUUAUUCUCGUUUGGCCUUCUAAGAACCCGACGCAACCUAUUGAUAUUGGUAUUUGCAUUUUUUAAAUUUUAUCCAUGGUUUUCUCUAUCGAAAUGUUAUACAAAGCAGGCAGAAAUGUAGCUUUGAUCACCGGCCAUCAAACCGGCGCCGUGGCUAGAAGGCAUAUCGUCACAUGUCCCUCUUACGCUGUCCUAGUUUCACCUAUAUACAAGUGUAAAUAUUAUCAGUGUCAGCCCGAUACGUGUAUGCCGGCGUUUCCCCGAAAUGUCGCUGCAAAUUGAAUUUGUGGUUGGUAUGGCAGCCCCUCCAGAGUACUGUGUGUUAAAUGUCCGUCGGCGCCAUUGACAUUCAAAUGUACCAAGUGUUGCCCGUUGAGAAAAUCUCUUUUCGGGACCCUCGUCCCGAAAUAUACUGCACCCCAUACACUGAUAUAUUUGCGUUUUUCUCAUAUCCUGUGCAACAUGUUAAGAUGCAGAUUCCUUAGCAGUGUAAUAGUUGUAAGUGUAUUUCUUAACACUAUAUUGCGAUUCUAGCUGUGUAUCACUGUUCACCUUCAGCCCUGUUCCAACAUUUCUACUCUCAACACCCUCUCUAGAGCUACGGUGAAAGCAGCAGCGAAAAAUAUUUUGCUCGCGAGCGUGGCACAUGCUCUUCGCUGCAUUGACGCAUGUAAUGAGAUCCUGAUCACGUGCUAAGUUUGCCCAGCUCGUGCUAUUUUCGUACACAUGGAGUCUUGGAUUUGAUGCAAAAAGAUCUUAAGAAGGCGUUUUUCGGGCCGUUCUCCAAGCGCACUUAUUGCAGUUUCGGUAAGCGAAAGUACAUCAAAGUUCGAUGCGCAAUAUCUUUACACUUCGAUGUGCGACGGCCGCGAAGAGGAAUGUGUCAUAUCUCAGAGAAAAAAGUAUUAGUCGUCGAUUCUUUAUUCUACGUUCGGCACUUUUCCCAGUGCUACAGUGGUGCACGUUUUUCCCGUUUUACCAUUUUACCAGAAGCAUAUUUUUUGCAACAUUUUCUAGGACCGUAGAUACCUGGCAUAAUCUCUUACUCUGAAAGCACAGCAAACAUUAGCGACAGCGCGUUUAGUCCCCUCUCUACAAAACAAUCUUGUUCUUUGCCUUUCGCUGACGUAAUUGUGUGCAGUUGGCUGGAAAAUAAGCACACCAAAAAAAUUGGAGUUUACGGCAGCGGCCUGUUUUUCCAAAGAACAGCUUCCAGGACCUCUGACUCUCAAAUUUGCACGCCAUAUACCGUUAUUGAAUAGAUUUCGAGACUGAGCAGAACCAAGCAAUUGACAAGGUAAUGUCACUUGAUAAUAAAACUUAAAAUAAAGGGCGAAACCUAUGUCAUAGAAGAAAAAUUGGGGAAUCAUAUCGUUCAGAACGCUUGUAGCUCCAUCUGCAACAAGAAUGUGUUACCCUACAAUUAGCAGUUUUUCUCCCUAUUCAAUUUAUUCGUUAGGUUGUAAGGGUCUACUAAUAUACAUUCUUAUGUGACUUCGUGAUUUGGAACUCAUGGGUGAACAAUUUCAUGUCGGAACCCUUGCAUCCCAGCACAGUAAUGAUGUAAAAUUUUAAAUGAACGCGUAGAAUCCUUCACAGCACUUUCAAUUUGGUGGGAAAUCGCUAUUUUUGCAGACAUUUCAUUUUAUUCGCAAGGAAAGUGUGACAGAAUGACGACAGUUUUCGUGAUUACGCUUUUUCGUUCUGAUCCUGAAUAUGUAGUGUUUUUCAGCUGUCUGCUUUCCGCUUCGCCAAGGAUUAACUACUUGUUUUAUUAAAAGUAAAGAAAAACUUUAAUUCUCUUUCCAGCGACAGUUUUACCGUAUGGCGAGCCCCCAGUCUGUGUGUUUAUUUUCCUGCCCACAGUUCACGAAAAGAUCUCACCGUAUUAUUUCUAUAGUUAUCAUCACCUGUAAUCAAACAAACAGCAUCACUGGCGAUGCAAGUGGGACCUGGACCUUUCUUCUUUCCUGGCGCUUCUUUCAGGAUAAGCAGAAGUGAGAAGACUGUGGGAAUAUAUGAAUAUAUAUUAUAUAUACAUAUAUAUAUUAGCUCCUAUUUAUUGAUCUCGGCGUCGAUUUAUUUUGGGACGUACAAUGUAAUAAAGAGAUGUUCAUCAAAGUUCCAAA